AUGAUGUGCGUCCACCUUACGCUCGAGAUUCUUGAAGCCGCCGCUGCCACAAACGUCUCUAUUGAGCGGGUGGUUAUAACCAGCUCAGUUGCGGGGAUAAUCUCACCUAUGGCCUUUGGCGGGUCCGAACCUCAAGAUCCGGACCAUCCCUUUACUUCCAGCAGUCGCGUGCCGCUGAUGAAGCCGCCCUUUGCCCAUCCGAGUAUCGCCUAUAUAGCUUCCAAGGUGGCAUCUCUAGAAGUGACCGAGACCUGGGCGAAAGAGACAAAUCCUGGGUUCGGCAUCGUCAACAUCCAUCUAUCUUGGGUACUGGGUCCGACUGCAUGGGCCGGUGAGGAAUAUGAGGUGUUAUUAAAAAAGGGCAACCGACUGGUACUCAACACGAUUGUUCAGGGCAACAAAUCCCCCUUUCCCCAUAUGACCCGUGCUAUUGUCCGGGGUUGUCGUAGUUUCAUUGCCAGUACCCCAGGGGCAUGGGAGGAUAUCCCAGGGAUUGUCCGGAAGAAUUUUGUUGAGGAGCUUCAGAGCGAACCGAAACGUGUUACUGUUCUGGGCGAACAGACGUCGAUUCCACUUGGCAUCGAAUCCUCUGAUACCGUGGUCGCCUUUGGGUGGAAAUUCACGGACUUGGAGCAAACAAUCACUGAUCUCAUCUCGCAGUACAUCGAGCUCAAGUGA